AUCAGCGCGCGGUCACAACGCGACACUUGGGAGAGACGUUUUUUUCCACUGCCGUUAUCAUCACACUGGGUCCACAUCGCACGGUACAGAAUGGAGACCAAACCGGUCAUCACCUGCCUUAAAACCCUCCUCAUCGUGUAUUCCUUCGUAUUUUGGAUAACAGGAGCUAUCCUGCUGGCAGUUGGAGUAUGGGGGAAGUUGAUGCUGGGCCCGUACAUCUCUCUGAUAGCUGAUAACUCCACCAAUGCUCCGUAUGUCCUCAUCGGCACCGGGACCGUCAUCAUUGUUUUUGGUCUGUUUGGAUGCUUCGCCACCUGCAGAGGAAGCCCAUGGAUGCUGAAGCUGUAUGCCAUGUUUCUGUCCCUGGUGUUCCUCGCUGAGUUGGUGGCUGGGAUCUCUGGAUUUGUGUUUCGCCAUGAGAUAAAGGGAACCUUUCACAGGACAUACACUGAUGCAGUCCUGAACUACAAUGCUGAGGAUGAAGCUAGCCUCGCUGUUGACAACUUACAGCGCAAGCUGCGUUGCUGUGGAGUGUAUAACUACACCAGUUGGUUUGCCAGCGUGUAUUACACAACCAAAGGUAUUCCUGAGAGCUGCUGCUUUGACUCAUCUGACUGCAGACCAGAGGACCUCCACAAUGCAACUGUUGCCCCAAGCAAGGUUUAUCACCAGGGAUGCUAUGAGCUUGUCACUUCAUUCAUGGAAACCAACAUGGCUAUUAUUGCGGGAGUGACGUUUGGGAUUGCCUUCUCACAGCUCAUUGGCAUGUUGUUGGCCUGCUGUCUGUCCAGGAUCAUCACAGCCAAUCAGUAUGAGAUGGUGUAGCUGAUGUGAUGUGGCAGGGAGAUGAAGAGAAGAAAAGACAAAGAGCCUUGACCCAACUAGAGUAAAUUCCCACAACAGUACCACAUGUCAAAAUUGGAAUUUACCUCCCUCCGUCUCUCUGCCUGUGAUCUUAAUGUAAUAUCUUAAUGUAUCUUACUGUAAAGCACCAUUCCUUGGCUCACUGCUGUUGCGUCAAAGCUUUCUAUACUACACAUUACACUGCUGCAUAAUGUAGAAGUCGCUCCUAAUCACAUAUCUGAGAUCAGCACAGCUUACAGUAAGCAGUUUUCUGAAUUAACCGCUGCACUGGAGUCAGAUAGGUGAUUGGGAGCAACUUAGCUUAACAGUUGGUUGCAGCAUGCUCCACUGACCAUCAACAGAAGGUCACUGCACAUCUUUGUACAGAAUGACAUGACUAAAGCUUGAAAGUAAUACUUUAAUAGAUAGUUUUAGUUUUGCAUUUGACUUUGCUAUUGCUCACCAUUGUAUAUUCCUAUGGUUGUGAUAUUUUGUGAACUGAUUAUGUGUACUGAGGAUGAAAUCUUAAGUUCUUUUUGAGAAAUAAGGAAACUAUCAGUUGAAAAGAAAGGGAAAGAUUAUUUUUACCUAUUGACAAGGCAUGGUAUUUUUUGUAUGAAAUAUUUAAUUUAACUCAAUGCCAGAUCAGCUAAAACUGUAAUUCACUAGUUAAAAGCUUAUAAAGUUUUAAAACCAAUUCCAAAUUCCUCUUAAAUAAUAAUGGUCCACUUUUUCUUGUUUCCACUUUAAGGUCAGAUAUAGAACAACUUUGCUGCAUUGUACACUAGCAGGCCCUGAUUUAAGCCUCAGUUACCGUUGAGGUGUCAAUAUGCUUCACACUGUGUGCAGGAGUUUGCACAAAAGUUCUCAACAGGUUUAAAGGAGUUCAGUGCAGAAAUGAUAUUCUAAACUAGGGGAAGUACAAGGUACGAGGGGAAAUACAACACACCCACGGCUACAAUCAGUGAAUUGACACUAAGCCUCCACAGACUGUAUGGUUAAUACCUCUGUUAGCUCUGGUUUUACACAGGAAACAGCCACAGUAAAACCACAGUAUGUGUUGGCAGUCGCUACACUAAAAGAAGAUGACAGUUGAGGUGUCGUCAACAAACUUCAUUUUUGUAUUUGGCAGCUUGUGCCUAGUGGUGAAAACAUCAGCCAUGCUAUGAUUAUUUACACUUUCUUUAACUAUGAAAGUUGUUUUUAACCAGUUGGCAUCCUCAAUUCAUUAGUGGAAUUAGUUACCAACACCACCAGAGACCACCAGAGUGACUCGCUACUCUCUCUAGUGGUCACAUCGAGCCGCAGCUGUGAGUAAAUUUGGUUCAUAUCGACAGUAAUUGCCCAUGACAUCUUUGACUUAACUUCUUCUCUAAACACUCAGUGAUAAUUUAAAGUAACUGUGGAAUAUUUUAAAGCAGGAACACUGGAUACAGGUCCCUUUAAAAGCAAAAAAAAUAUUUGGUUGUCUAUGUAACUACUUAUACUUCAUGAUGCAAUUAGUCACACAUGUAGAAAGUGACACAACUGUCAACAAAUUUGAGGGGGGAAAAAUCCAAAUUAACGACUUAACAUGAGUUCUCAAGUCUACACUAUGCACAGCAUUGUGUAAAAUGAGCAUGCUUGUUGGGAAAAUAAGAAUUUUCAGUUCAAAGGAGUGAAGGCUGUCAAGCAAUUGGAGUAAACCAUUUGCAGCAUACUGAUACCUUGAUGUUUAGUCAUUUUCCAUCACCAGAUACUAAAACACUCAGUGCUCUACUGCCUGUCUGGUUAGUCAAGAUACCAAAUACAGCAAUGUCAGAAUUAAGAGCAUCUUAACCCCACAGGACAAUGUGCAGCAGUGAUACAUGUGUUCCUGACAUCUGUUUGGUGUUGUUACAUGAGUCACAAGAAUGCAGAGUGUAUUAAAGUUGAAAGUUCUUAUCAGAAGCAGUCAGAAAAGUGGUGCUCUAGGAAAAAAUUACUUGGGACGUAAAUUGUUCUAAUCUAACGGAAAACAAUAUCAACUGUUGGCUACAGUGAGAGAAGCACAGUCAACAUUUAGAGAUGCACAGGACUCUAACAGUGUUCAUGUAGUAUUUACAGUAAUUUCUGUAGUGCAUCAACAUGACAUCAUCUUCAUCUGUAGAUAUGUAUUGGAUAUGUAAUUUAUAUGAUGUAAUGUUUCUCAUUCUAAUACACUAAUCAGUAUAAAUGUUGUGUCACAGUUAUGAUUCUGCACAUUGUGCUGUUAAUCUGUAUUUGUUCAAUAGUUUAUAGGAAACUCGCACUGGAAAAUAGUUGUGGCCAAUGUUCUGUUGAGAGUAAUGUGCAAUUUGUAACUGUUUCAAUUUAGCUGUAUAUUUAUUCUGGUUUGGUUGGCAUUCAUCAAGUUUUUUUCUUUAUUCUACUGUCUUUUUAAGUUUGUUAAUCCCUUGUAUGAGCAAGUGUGUGCGUGAGUGUGUGUGAAAGCGAACAUGAUUUUGUGGCUCUUGUUUUAUUCAAUUUUGGUCAGUAUUUGGUUGUGGCUUUUAGAAAUAUAAUGCUUUUUGAAGCUGUAAAUUUAUUUGGUGAAUGUAUGUUUUCAACACCCUGACACUUACUUUUGCUCCCCAAACUGAUAUUGUCCUGUAAAUACUAAAUUGUAAUAUCAUCCAGCUUACACAUGGGGUCACCAGACUCUCAAAAAGAAACUGUACCAUGCUGUCUACUAUUGACUAAGUCACCAUCAGUGGUCUUAUUAUCAAUAAAUAUACAGAAUAACA